AUGAUUUCUCAUUAUGGUAGUUCAUCUUAUUUGGCAUCGUCUUUUUCUUCUUCAGAUGAUGAUGAUUAUUAUGAUGAUCUAGAAAAACAAGUGGUAUGUCAAAUUACUGCUAACAACAAUUUUUGUAUCGCUCAACACCAAAAUAACGAAGGGUCACACAGGGGCUCAAUUCCAAGUCAUAUAGUAGUCAACCAUGACCGAGAAAAUGCUGAUCGCAAUCUCUUCAACGACUAUUUUGCAGAGAACCCUCGACUUUCUGCCUCGAUGUUCGGCCGAAGAUUCCGAACGGGUCGUGCUUUAUUCCUUCAUAUUUAUGAUGUUGUACAAAGGCAUGACAAUUACUUCGUCCAACGAAGAGAUGGACUCGGUAAGCUUGCGUUAUUGGGUCUACAAAAAGUAACAGUCGUAUUUCGAAUGUUGGCAUAUGGUGUACCGGCAGAUGCUACCAACGAGUACAUCAAAAUAGGAGAAUCUACUGCUUUGGAAAGUUUGAAACGAUUUUGUCGUGUUGUUGUCGAGGUCUUUGGAGUCUGCUAUCUCCGAUCACCUAACGCUGAUGAUGUUGCAAGGCUACUACACAUUGGUGAAAGUCGAGGUUUUCCAGGAAUGUUGGGUAGUUUAGAUUGUAUGCAUUGGAAAUGGAAAAAUUGUCCUACGGCUUGGGGAGGACAAUGCGCUGGUCUUAUUGGAUCUCCGACUAUUAUUCUUGAAGCUAUAGCUGACUAUGAUCUUUGGAUAUGGCAUGCAUAUUUUGGUCUACCUGGAUCUAACAAUGAUAUUAGCGUGUUGGAGGCGUCCCAUCUUUUUGCUGAUCUUGCCGCGGGUGUUUCUCCACCCGCUAAUUAUGUCAUUAAAGGGAAAGAGUAUAAUAUGGGUUAUUAUUUAGCCGACGGUAUAUAUCCAAAAUGGUCUACUAUUGGUCAAACCAUUCGUGAGCCACUUGACCCGAAGAAACAAUUUUUUUCUCGAAAACAAGAAGCAUGUAGAAAAGAUGUAGAACAUGCGUUUGGAGUAUUGCAAUCAAGAUUUUCCAUUGUGGCAGGACCAGCGCAUCAAUGGAAUAAGAGGAUAUUACAUGAUAUAAUGACUUCAUGUAUUAUUAUGCAUAAUAUGAUAAUAGAAGAUGAACGCGACUUUAAUGCACCCAUUGAAGAACAGUUCGAAGUGCCAAAUCCAGAAGUUGAGAUGGUGGGUAAUGACGAUGCUCGAUUUCAAGAAUUUCUAGCUCGACAUAGAAAAAUCAAAGAUAAGGAUGCUCACACUGCACUUCGAAAUGCAUUAAUUGAAUACUUGUGGGACGAAUAUAGUAUCGGAAAAUUAGUUUAA